AUGGAGCGUGUGACUUUCCUGAGUGGAAAGAUCGGCGUCUUUGUGCAAGUGGGCACUGGUGAAGUCUGGCCGGACAUGGAGCAGUGUCUCUCUAAUGUCUUUGCGGCCUCGAAUGAUCGCAUUGGGGUGCACAUCGACUAUGUGGAGGCCGCGGCGCCUUCACAGGCAGUGAUGCAUCAACUGUCCGGCUAUAUGAGGGGCAAGCACGGCUAUGUCAACCUGGUCCUGACCAAGUCGGCAUCGAAAGGCAUGGACAUGGGACACUUCGCAUCGCAGUUGUACUAUGCGCAGAACAAGGGACUCCACUACGACCUCCUCCUGAAGAUCCACACGGACGGCAUGCCGGAGCUUCGCAACCUAGCGCUGCAGGCGCUCUGUGGCACCAAAUUCCAAGUCCGGAGUGUGCUGCACAACUUCAAUGCACAUGGCCACCUCAACCUUAUCGCACCGGUGGGAACAACAAUGACUCGACGAACGAAGGUGACCAACUUGGCACCGGUGCUCGGUGACCGGCUCUUCGGCGGCCACGCCGAGGUUGGGGGCUCCUUCCUGUACUCCACCAAGCAGGCCACGAAGCAGUUUCUCAGCGCCAUGGAAUCGGACAUCAAGAUCUCGGAAGACCAGCUAACUUCCAUUGGUGGCAACAUGUACUGGGCCCGCUUCAACGCUGUCCCCUUCGGCGGUCUGGCUAAGGCUCUGCCCUCUAUCUGGCCGAAGCUCGAGGGGGUUGAGGUAGAGCUUGGCAACUUUGCCGUCUCCGCCCUGCGGGGUGCUGGCGGCUACGUCGGGGAGCUGCCCAUGGCACCCAAGGUCAUGGCCAUCUACUUCCCCCAGUACCACCAAUUUCCGGAGAAUGACGAGUUCCACGGCGAGGGCUUUACGGAGUGGACGCAUCUGAAGCCUUUUGUGGACGAAACCAACGAGCUACGCAAGCCGCUCUCCUCGGAGAAGGGUGGCCUGGACUACUACGACCUCACGCAGCGCGACGUUCGCAAGCGCCAGGCCGAGCUCGCGGACCAGUACGGCGUCUAUGGCUUCAUGAUCUACCACUACUGGUUCAAUGGUCAGAACGUCAAGAACUCCAGUGUUAUGUGGAAGAUUCCCCACUUGAUGUUGCAAGACGGCCAGCCCGACAAGCCUUUCUUCUUCUCCUGGGCCAACAGGCGUUGGGAACGUGGCUACGGCGAGCACGCCACCGGAGAGGUCUUGAUCGAACAGGACUACGCCAAUGAGACGGGAUGGAAGGAGCACUUCAACUACCUCCUGCCCUACUUCCAGCAUCGAAACUACAAGAAGAUCAACAACAAGCCGGUCUUUGCAAUCUACUUCCCUCAGGAGAUCGGGGAAAAGCUUGCGCCGAUGAUGAACAACUGGCACCUGCUCGCCAAGCAGAAUGGCUUUGGCGGCAUCUACUUCCUGCGCACCGUCAGUGGUGCAGGCGGGCCGAGCUUCAUGCCAAGUCUCUUCGACGCCUCCUUCCAUUUCAUGGCUGUUUGCGAGCGUUGCGGUCGUCCGGCCUCCGGGGAAGACAAGGACUUCAUCACCACUUGGCCUCAGUAUUGGGGUGCCACCACUGGCUUCGACAACCGCGUGCGGGGCUGCUCCCAGCGCUACAGGGCCAGUCCCGAGGAGUUCAAAACGGGCCUUAUCGAGUCCUUCCGUAACAUGAGCCACACUCCUAACCGUCGCAUCAACGAGAAUCUCUACUUCAUCGCCGCCUGGAACGAGUGGAAUGAGCAAGGCGUGCUGGAGCCGGAUCACCUCCACUCUUUCGCUUACUUGAAAGCCCUCCAGGAUGCCGUCGAAACCAUCCAAGCGGCUGACCCCAUCAAGCGUGACAGGGAGGAGGCCGAAAAGACGUCACUUUUGGAGACCUCCGAGGCAGGACACCCGCGGGAUGAGGAUGCGGUCCAUCUCCUUCAGGUGAGACCCGAUUUGGCGUGGGGAUAUGCCACAGGUCCUCAUCGGUGGAAUGAGACCGUGCACGAUCGAAUCCGCGCUAUGGAGAGGCUUCGCCUGGCUGGCAUGCUGAGCUCGGGACCCUCCACAGAUGCCAAGAACGUCACCUCGGACCUCGCUGGAUCGCCCUACUACCGACGGGAUGAUGGCCGCAAGGGCCGUGGUCGCGACGACCGCGUGCGAGAUGAUCGUCGGGGCCGUGGACGCGAUGAUGGACGCAGAGGAGAUGAUGAUCGUCGAGGACGAGGUGGUGGCCGAGAUGAUCGCCACAUGGACGACUCCCAUCGAGGUGACGACAGACGUGGUGGCCGAGGUGACGAUCGUCGAGGUGAUGACGACCGACGUGGUCGCCGAGGUGACGAUCAUCGGAUGGACGACGACCGCCGUGGAGGCCGAGAU